AAUAAAUACGCGCAGCAACCGGGGCGUGUGUCUUUCGGUUCCGCAUGCUUCUCUUUCCCCGCACCCUGCGUGUUCUCGGCCCCGCUUCGUACGCUCUCCGCGGGACCGGUGACCGACCCCCUCCCCUUGCCCAUUCCUGCACCGUUAAAACCGGAGCCAGCGCCGCCUUAAGCCGCGGUUGCACCCGCAUGCCCCCCCCAGCAGCGAAGCGUGUCUGCGGGCUGAAGAUGCCGGCUGUUAUUAAGAUUGGGACCCACGACGGGACCUUUCAUUGCGACGAGGUGCUAGCGUGCUUCUUGCUCCGACAGCUGCCGGGGUAUAAGGAUGCGGAGAUCGUUCGAACCCGGGACCCUGCCCUGCUGUCGGAGUGUGACGUGGUGGUGGAUGUUGGAGGGGAGUUUGACCCCAAGAGGCAUCGAUAUGACCACCAUCAGAGGUGAGAGAGACUGAAGAAGCACC